ACAAUGGUUACAAAAACAAUGAUUCUGAAAACAAUAAUUCUGAAAAUAAUGAUUCCAAAGACAAUGAUUCUGAAAACAAUGAUUCUGAAAACAAUGAUUCCGAAAAUAAUAGUGAUUCUGAAAACAAAGAUCCUACACCAUUUUUUACAAAUGAUACACUUGAUAGUCAUAUCAGCCUAGCAAUUAAUAUAGAUUGGUUUCAACUAUUCGAUUAUACAGUUCACAGUACUGGGGUAAUUUAUAGAGUAUUGUCUCCAAUCGUUGAUGAGUUAGUUGAUUUUGCUUCUGGUAUAGAUUUACUAGCAAUAUUCGAAUAUAAAAAAGGACGCAAAAUUUAUGUCGCAUUGAUUCUAUCAUCAAAUGAUGUUCCAGCUACAAGAAAGAUUUGUGAUCAUACAAGUCAUACAGUGAAAUAUUAUCGCUGUCUAAAAUGUGCAACAUAUGAUAAUUUAUCUAAAGAAGUCACUAUA